CAACGCACGCUCCACAUUCGGUACUCCACGCCAUCUCAUAUUCUUCUCAUGCUUCGUUUCUGUGAAAAUUUGCAAUUUUGUUUUAUUCUGCUAGUCACGUAUUUCUAAUUUCAGAUUGACUAACCAUCUAGACAAUCCAUUCUCGGCCACAGCAGGAUGAGGCGGUAGCACUUGAAACUGCUCCCCGCACCAUUUUCUGUUUUAUCUUUUUUUUGUCUUCCCCGAUUCUUGCAUUUGCACUGCAGGCAAAGAAGUGGCAGGACGCAUGAGAGGAGCAGGAGAGGGAUAAAAAGGAAACAAUUAAUCAAGCUCUUGGUUUCCAUGAUGCUUUCUGAGUGAAGCUGAAAUUGGCAGCUGAGGAGGAGGAAUGUUUCUGGUUUUUGAAAUGUUGCUAUAGUUCAUCACUUUCCAGUGAGAUUGAAGCUAUGGGCAGUUGUGGAAUUUCAUGAGAAGAUGAGAAAUCCUUGUUAAACCCUAACUUCCACGGACUCAGCAAGAAGCCUCUGCUACUACUCUCUCGUUAGCUCUCUCUCUCUCUCUUCCCCUGUCUCUCUGAAGAUGGCAAAGCGUUUGAUUCCUUCUCUGAAUCGCAUUUUGGUUGAGAAAAUCGUUCCUCCUUCCAAAACUAACUCUGGAAUUCUGCUUCCUGAGAAAACCUCCAAGUUGAACUCUGGAAAAGUGGUUGCCGUGGGUCCUGGAGAUAGGGAUAAAGAUGGAAAGCUUAUUCCUGUUACUUUAAAGGAAGGAGACACUGUUCUUUUGCCCGAUUACGGAGGCACUGAAGUGAAACUUGGAGAUAAAGAGUAUCAUCUGUACAGAGAUGAGGAUAUUCUGGGAACUCUUCACGACUAAAGCAUAAUGUUUCCAUUACAUGCAAAUGUUGGAAAUUAAUCCAGUUAGAUACUCUUGAAAUGUUACUGUUGGUUUCCCGGCAUGCCAAUUGAAACUUGUAUCAACUACUUACUCUUUUGUAUUUCCAUGGGAAUGAGGUUGAUGUUAAUUUGCUGCGGACUACGAGAAAACCGAAAACUUUCUUGUUCCA